AUUAAUAUUAUUCCCAGCCUCUGUUGAUGCACUUCGCUGGACUUGCGCUUAGCGCCCAUGGAUACCACAUCUCCAUUCCCUCUAGAACCACCUGAUGAACGCCACAGUCGCGCACCAGAAUUUUACGGUUUUGUAGCUUGGACUUCUACAUCUAUCUUGUUUGUUCUGUAUGUGCUGUGGGCCCUGCUCCCAGAUGAAUAUAUCGUCUGGCUGGGCGUGGAAUGGUACCCGAGUAGGGAAUGGACUCUGCUUCUCCCGGCAUACUCCAUUGUCCUCGUACUUUUGACGUACUUUGUAUAUUUUGCUAUCGCGAUUGCACGUACACCAUCCUUCUCUGACCCCAACACGUUCAUUGAUACCAAAGCACACCUUCCUGCGCUAGACGCAAAUCAGCAUCUUAAACACGCGGAUCCGGGUGCUAUUCCUGAGCUCUACGAUAUUCCUAUCGGAAUGGUCAAUCGUGUGGUGUAUGGACCACACCGCUCGCGAAAUGAAAUGAGACCGUCAGGAGAAAGUUCGAGCAAGGCUGACAAAGUCCAAGAAUCCCCUGAAACCCCAUAAUUUAACAUUGCGGCGAAUCCUAGAAUACAAAUGCUAGCUAAUGAUCAUCGGAUUGUAAACUGUGCAUCGAGUGUCUAAUAUUUGAUCAAAACUAAUCAAUGUGUGGUCAGUCUUCACA